AAAUGAUUGACAAUUUCAUGCUUCCAAAAAUUCGAUUUAUAUAUUCGUUAUUUGGUUGCGUUAGGCGUAAGUGAAUAGAAAAGAAUAUGGUAAACUGGGAUUCGUGAUAGAAUUUGUAAAAAAUAAGAACCGAGUUACAUAUAAGGUCAAAAUGACUGAAGAAAACAUCGACGUGAAUGUGAAUGUUUCGGAAGAACAUGCAACAACAAGGCAAACGCAUGAAGACGCCCGAAUGGAAUAUUGCAAGCGUGCUUUUCUGUUCAUAAAAGUGUACUGGAGAACGUUGUUUGUGCUUCUAGUUCCAUCCUUGGCCACUUUGUUGUUUGUCAUCGAAUCGUCACCUGCCUUCCGAUGUCUUUACGUAGUGAUUGUGAUGUCCCUACUUUGGGUUACGGAAGCUUUGCCUCUCCCUAUUACAUCCAUGCUACCCAUCGUACUGUUUCCACUGAUGGGGAUUCUUAGUACGAGCAAAACUUGCAUGGUCUACAUGAAGGAACCAGUCGUUAUGUUCAUCGGUGGAAUUAUCCUCGCCCUGGCCAUCGAAUAUUGUAAUCUACAUAAACGAGUGGCUUUGAAAGUUAUUGACCUGAUUGGAUGCAGUCAGCGUAGACUACACUUGGGGUUGAUCAUAGUCGCUAUGUUCCUGUCCAUGUGGAUAUCCAACACGGCUGCUGUAGCUAUGAUGUGCCCUAUCGUUCUUGCUGUUCUGGCAGAGUUAGAAUCUCAAGGGUUGUGUCACAUGUACGAGAUUGAUGAUUGUCCCGAAGAAAACAACAAAUCCAAAAACAAAGACAAAUCAAAAGAUGAACAUAAGAAACCAUCGCAAACUACACUUUGCUAUCUUUUGGGAACUGCCUACGCUUCUAGCAUUGGGGGAUGUGGAACUCUUAUUGGAACGGGCACUAAUCUGACCUUCAAGGGUAUUUACGAAAAUCGCUUUCCAGACGCAAACGGAAUCGACUUUCCCGAUUUUAUGUUUUUCAACGUACCACUGAUGUUGCUGGAUGUGUUCCUAGUGUGGAUUUAUCUUCAGUGGCACUUCAUGGGACUCUUCAGACCGCACAGCAAGGAGGCAAAGCAGUCGUCCAUUGGGCGUGAAGGAGAAGCCGUGGCAAAACGAGUCAUACAGACACGUUACAAGGAAAUGGGACCGAUGACGUCGAGCGAAAUCAGUGUCGCAGUCCUGUUUGUACUAUCGAUAGUGUUGUUCUUUACGCGUAGUCCAGGGUUCGUCAGAGGAUGGUCAGACAUAUUUCCGGGAGUAAAAAUAAAGGAUGCCACACCAGCGAUACUGGUUGUUAUCGUGCUAUUCACAAUGCCAGCUGAUUGGGGAUGGACAAACUACUUCAAAAAGAACCCAGGACCUCUUCCUAGGGAACCGUCACCAGCCCUUAUCACGUGGAAGUACGUUAACACAAAUGUACAUUGGAGUCUCAUAUUCCUUCUUGGAGGAGGUUUCGCACUUGCCGAGGCCGGACAAGCCACCGGAAUGUCAGCUCUCCUAGGAGCUUCCUUGUCUGGUUUGGAUAGCCUUCCGCCAUUGGCAACACUGUUCGUUGUGUGUCUGGUAACCUCAGCGAUUACCGAAUUCACCUCUAACGUUGCCAUCAGUAACAUCAUUCUACCGGUUUUGGCCGAAAUGGCCGUUGUCAUCAAGAUCCACCCACUGUACCUGAUGCUUCCGGCGACGAUGUGUUGCAGUUAUGCCUUCCAUAUGCCAGUGGGAACACCUGGCAAUGCAAUCGUGGCCGGUGCUGGGCACAUCUCUAUCAAGGAUAUGACACUGGCAGGAGUAGGACCGACAGUGAUUACCUUGCUCGUAAUGUGGAUUGGCCUUCCGACUUGGGGUGCCGUGAUAUAUCCGGAGAUCACAACAUUCCCGGACUGGGCCUUGCAGAAUCCAACCAAUGUUUCGUUGUAUUGAGAUAUUAUGAGUAGAAUAGGUUUAAUUUACAUAUCAAUGGUAUCGUACUGUGUUCAUCUGUCUGUUUAUAGAAUCUACAUAUUUGUCACGUUUAAUUAUUACCGGAGUUCAUUAUCAUUAUAAUAAACUAAAUGCAAUAAGCAUUUUUACGGGGCAACCCAUAAACGUUUGAGAAUUCGUCAUAAAAAU